UUAGUUCAUGAUUUCAUUAAUAAGAAUGAACACUUUCUAUAUCAAGUGCUCAUUGUAAAAUUUUAUAAAUAAUCAUAAUAGCAAAAAAUAAUACUGAAUAUUAAUAAUAAUAAUAAUAAAAAUCUUAAAAAAGCAAUAAUGAAAUAAAUUGAAUAUGUGGAAAACGUACUAAUUUUAAACUUAUAUAAAAAAUUAUUGGCAUUUUGUUAGUAAAAGAAAAUUUCCCUAAACUUGAUGAUGAAAAAAAGGAAGAGAGUUAUUUUUAUUCAAGUUUCAGCUGGUCUGUCCAUUUUAGCCCUAGUUGUUGUUUGCUUAUCCCUGGGGACAAAUGAGUGGAUCACUGGAUCGGCUUCUGUCAGCAAUGCUUCAUUAGAUAUUCAAGACUCGGAAAUCAAUCAUGGAUUAUUUACAGGCACCCUUAUAAGAAAGACAGUUUCCACUCCAAUAUUCUACGAUAUUUACAUUUCAUGUAUUUGGGGAUCAAAUGCGUGUGCUUGGAGCUGUAGAUCAGAUUCAAAAUCCAGAGAAGAAGAAGUGGAAUCACUUUUUAAUGGGGAGAACCCGGAAUUUUCAUGUUUGUCAUCAGCAAAAAAUUUGAUGAGUUCCGUUUCUAAAAGAAAUCAUGAAAGUGAUACGAGAAAUUCUAAUGUUUUUGUAAAUGCGGGUGCUUGGCUUAGUACAACUAUUCUAAUGAUUCUACAGCUAGUUGUCGUGACAGGAAUGUGUGCUCUUUCAAUUUUAAAUUGUUUUAAAAGUCCAGCAGAGACACUUUUCAAUAUUUAUGGUAUUUACCUGGUAGCUUGCAUCGCUAUUGGGCUCAAUUUAACCAGCCUAAUAAUUUAUGGUUGUCAUUAUAGCUUCGUAACGUGGUACAACAUUGCUGUUCGCGAUACUAUCACUGGAGAAUACACUUCUAGUGCCUAUUUAGGAUACUCGUAUUGGAUUCUACUGCUUCCGUUGUUCCUGUAUGGAAUAUGCAUUGGAUUACUUUUAUGGCGUGAGAGAAUUGUGAACCGUGAACCCUUAGGAACGAAGAUCAAUAUCGAAAAUGCGGCUGAUUCAACUCUAGUCCUUUUUUAAUUAACAAUUACUUCAAGAUUUCUUCUUUCAAUUCUUCAAUAGUAAAUUCACUCAAUGAAUUAUUGUUCAAUUAAUUAUAUUUGCAGAAAAUCAAUUGCAAUUGAUGUGACUAUUUCUUUUUCAUCUGAAAAAAUAAAUUAUUUAAUUUCUAAAAA